AAUUUCUCAGUCUGAUGAUUAAAUUCUGAGGCAAGAGAUAGGAAGAAAGAGGGAGUGGAAGUAACUCCUCUCUCAAAAAAGAGAAUUGAGAUUUGAGCAUAACAACACAAAUUUUGGUUAUUUUUUCAACCUCUCAUUUGUUUGAUUCUCUUCUAACUUUGUAUCUGUUUAAUUAAUGACGGAUCACUUAGGGUCUUCUCCUCUAAUCCCUCCUUCACCCAUCACCGAGAUCGACCUCGAAGCCGGUUCCACCGAACUAAUUCAGUGCCGUAUAUGUCUUGAAACUGAAGGUAGAGAUUUCAUAGCUCCUUGCAAGUGCAAAGGUACAUCAAAAUAUGUACAUCGAGAGUGUUUGGAUCAUUGGCGAGCAGUUAGGGAAGGGUUUGCAUUUGCUCACUGCACUACCUGCAAGGCUCCAUAUCAUUUGCGUGUUCAUGGUGCUGUUGAUAGGAAAUGGCGUACCUUGAAAUUUCGGUUUUUUGUCACCCGAGACAUUUUGUUUAUAUUCCUGGCUGUACAGCUUGUCAUUGCUUCACUGGCUUAUUUGGUUUAUCUAGUAGAUGGUUACCAACAGUAUUGGCUUCGUCUUGUUUGGAGUUUUGAUAGUGAGCUGAGCUUUUACUACAUAUGUGGAGCGCUGUUGUUUUUUGUGUUGCUUGGCCUGUCUGGGUGCUUCAUUACUUUUUAUGAUCGAAGAGUUCGCAAUGAUUUGGCUCAGCCUUGUCGUGAAAUAUGUCUCUGUUGCUGUCAACCUGGAGUUUGUGCGGACUGUCAUUUGCCAGGUACUCUUUGUAUGUGGACUGAUUGCACCGCAUGCUUUGAGAGCUGUGGAACCAUGGCAACUGAAUGUGGUGGUUGCAUGGGAGGUGCUGGGGAAGCAGGGCUACCAUUGUUAUUCAUACUGGCUUUGAUUUUUCUGGGACUCUUUACUGUAAUUGGCAUAUUUUACAGUGUAUUAGUGGCUACCAUGGUUGGACAGCGGAUAUGGCAGCGUCAUUAUCACAUACUUGCAAAAAGGAUGCUAACCAAGGAGUAUGUCGUUGAGGACAUCGAUGGAGAGUUAACAGGGUCUGAUUGGUCUCCUCCAUCUCUCCCACCCGAGCAUGUUCAGCAGCUGAAAACAUUGGGCCUCCUAUGAGUUUGAAGGAGUCAAUCUACCUGCUGAGGAGAAUGACAGUAGAGGUAACACUGGCACCGUGUUUGGUAGUUUGGUCCUUGUCAGGACUCAGGGAGAUAUGCUAUUAGUUGAUAAUUUCUGAGCCACUCAACUCAAUUAGUUUAGAUAUAAUUGUGCUGCUAUAUGGAAAAUUGUUCUGUCUACAAAUGUAAAGAAAUGGAAGAGAAAUCUUUGAAUAUAUCUAAUUACAGGUAUAUUG